AUGACGAUCGCAUUAAGACCCGCGAUCUGUGCUAUCAUCUUACUAGGUACAGUGGUACCCAGCAAGAGUCAGGACUGGAAUCCGUUAUUCCUUUCUUCGAUGCAACGAACGGGAAAUGCUAAACAAUCUCAGUCCCUAGCUCAGUCACAAGGAGUGUUGGAGUCACAACCUCGGUUGGUGUUAAAACCAUUACAGGAAAUCCCGCCGGACUAUCAUCCUAAGUUCGUGAUAUUUGGACCUAAGCAAAAUCAACGGAAUCCCGGAUUAAGCGGUGAAUCUCAGUUAUUGGGAGUUCCUCUAACAAGGAAUUCAGGAUCUGAGGAUAUUGCUAAACAAAUAUCUGACGUACAAGACAGAAUUGAAGAACUGAAGAGCCAGAGUUCUGCAAGUCCUAUAGAAUCAGAACAGGAUAACCGGACCACUUCAGAUUUACAGGACACUUUAUUGCAAUUGCAAUCCCAAUUAAGCUCCCAGUCAUCAGGAUCACAGUCCGAAUUCGACUCACAGUCAUCAGGAUCACAGUCCCAGAGUCAGUCAGGGUCUCAGUAUGUUCUUAAACAAAUUUCUGACUUAGAACCAGAAUUAGGGGACCUAAAGCCACAAAGCUCAGAGCAGACUAGUCUGUUUUCUACCCCGUUGAAUCCCGAACCUAAGCUCACAUCAGAUCUACAGUCCACGUUAUUCCAAGUUCGAUCCCAAUUGGCCUCACAGCCCUCAGAAGAGGGAUUGGUUCCUUCCCCGUUGAAUACCGAACUUAAGUCCACUUUAUUGGAGUUGCAAUCGCAAAUGGACUCAGAACCCUUAGGAGGAGCACAGUCACAAAUACAGUCCGAAUCAAGCUCACAGCUUGGAUCAAGAUCCGAUUCCCAGGUUCAGUCUAACAAACAAGUUUCUGACUUAGGAGAACCAUUAGAGGAGCCUCAAAACUCUUACGGGUUUAAUGAGCUUCCUGUCCCGUUGGAACCCGAAGCUCAGCCCACUUCAGAUUUACAGUCCACUUUAUUGGAAACGCAAUCCCAAUUGGACUCACAGCGGUCAGAAAAUGGAGUGCCUCCUGAUCCUGAACUUAAAUCCACUUUAUUGGAGUUGCAAUCGCAAAUUGAAUCACAGCCUUUAGGGUCCGAAUCGAGCUCACAGUCAUCAGGGUCCCAGCCACAAGAUCAGGUUCCCGACUUACAAAUACCAUUAGAGGAACAAAAGGGGAACCCUUUAAGGGUUAGACAACUCCCUAACCCGUUGGAUCGCGAUGCGAAUUCCACUUCAGAUUUGCAGUCUACGUUAUUGCAGGUGCAUUCUGAAUUGAACUCACAACCCUCAGAAAAUGGACCGUUGAGUCUCGAACCUAGGUCAGUUGUACAGUCUAAUAUAUUGGAAGUGCUGUCGCAAUUGAACUCUCAGUCGUCCGCAUCGAACUCACAAUCAUCAGGAUCACAGUUCCAAUCUAACUCCCAAACGUCAGUAUCACAGUCGAGCUCGCAGUCGAUCUCACAGUCAAGCUCACAGCCGAACACACAGUCGAGCUCACAGGAUCAGGUUUCCGGCUUAGAAAAAACAUUAGAUGAACAAUAUAGGAACUCCUUAGGGGUAAGACUGCUACCUAAACCGUUGGAUCGCGAUGCCAAUUCCACUUCAGAUUUGGAGUCUACGUUAUUGCAACUGCAUGCCGAAUUGAACUCACUGCGCUCGGAAAACGGACAACUUCCUAAUCCGUUGAAUCCCGAAUAUAAGUCAGUUGUACAGUCCAAUAUAUUGGAAGCGCUGUCCCAAUUGUACUCUCAGACGUCGACCUCAGCAGGAUCACAGUCCCAAUCUAACUCCCAGUCGUCAGUAUCACAGUCGAGCUCACAGUCGAAGUCACAGUCAAGCUCACAGUCAUCAGGAUCCCAGUCCCAGUCAUCUGGAUCGCAGUCCCAAUUACAGUCCAUAUCGAGCUCACAGUCAGGAUUACAGUCCACGCCUAACUCUCAGUCGGCAGGAUUACAGGCCCGUUUACAGUUCAAAUUGAACUCACAGCCAUCAAGUUCACAGCCUCAAGUACUACCCCAAAUCGCUAAUUCGGACCCACGAUUUCAGUUCAAAUGGAACUCACAGCCUCAAGUUCUACUCCAAACCAUUAAUUCGGACCAGCUAUCACAAUCUUUGGGAUCCCAGUCCCAGUCAGCGGGAUCGCAAUCCCAGUUACAGUCCGCAUCGAGCUCUCAGUCAUCAGGAUCCCAGUCCCAGUCAUCUGGAUCGCAGUCCCAAUUACAGUCCAUAUCGAGCUCAUCAUCAUCUGGAUCGCAAUCCCAGUUACAGUCCGCAUCGAGCUCUCAGUCAUCAGGAUCCCAGUCCCAGUCAUCUGGAUCGCAGUCCCAAUUACAGUCCGCAACGAGCUCUCAGUCAUCAGGAUCCCAGUCCCAGUCAUCUGGAUCGCAGUCCCAAUUACAGUCCAUAUCGAGCCCACAGUCAGGAUUACAGUCCACGCCUAACUCGCAGUCGGCAGGAUUACAGGCCCGUUUACAGUUCAAAUUGAACCCACAGCCAUCAAGUUCACAGCCUCAACUCCCACAAUCGUUGGGAUCCCAGUCCCAGUCAUCUGGAUCGCAGUCCCAAUUACAGUCCUCCCAGUCAUCGGGAUCGCAAUCCCAAUUACAGUCCGCAUCGAGCUCUCAGUCAUCAGGAUCCCAGUCCCAGUCAUCUGGAUCGCAGUCCCAAUUACAGUCCGCAUCGAGCUCUCAGUCAUCAGGAUCCCAGUCCCAGUCAUCUGGAUCGCAAUCCCAGUUACAGUCCGCAACGAGCUCUCAGUCAUCAGGAUCCCAGUCCCAGUCAUCUGGAUCGCAGUCCCAAUUACAGUCUAUAUCGAGCUCACAGCCAGGUUUACAGUCCGCGCCCAACUCGCAGUCGGCAGGAUUACAGGCCCGUUUACAGUUCAAAUUGAACCCACAGCCAUCAAGUUCACAGCCUCAAGUACCCCUAACCGACCGACGAAUGCAGUUCAAAUGGAACUCACAGCCUCAACUUCUACUCCAAACCAUUAAUUCGGACCAGCUAUCACAAUCUUCGGGAUCCCAGUCCCAGUCAUCUGGAUCGCAGUCCCAAUUACAGUCCGCAACGAGCUCUCAGUCAUCAGGAUCCCAGUCCCAGUCAUCUGGAUCGCAGUCCCAAUUACAGUCCAUAUCGAGCUCACAGUCAUCAGGAUCAAAGUCCCAUUCACAGCCUCAAGUACCCCUAACCGACCGACGAUUUCAGUUCAAAUUGAACCCACAGCCAUCAAGUUCACAGCCUCAAGUACCCCUAACCGACCGACGAAUGCAGUUCAAAUGGAACUCACAGCCUCAACUUCUACUCCAAACCAUUAGUUCGGACCAGCUAUCACAAUCUUCGGGAUCCCAGUCCCAGUCAGCGGGAUCGCAAUCCCAGUUACAGUCCGCAUCGAGCUCUCAGUCAUCAGGAUCCCAGUCCCAGUCAUCUGGAUCAGAGUCCCAAUUACACUCACAGUCAUCAGGGUCCCAGCCACAAGAUCAGGUUCCCGACUUAGAAAUACCAUUAGAGGAACAAAAGGGGAACCCUUUAAGGGUUAGACAACUUCGCGAUACGAAUUCCACUUCAGAUUUGCAGUCUACGUUAUUGCAAGUGCAUUCUGAAUUGAACUCACAACCCUCAGAAAAUGGACCGUUGAGUCUCGAACCUAGGUCAGUUGUACAGUCUAAUAUAUUGGAAGUGCUGUCGCAAUUGAACUCACAGUCGUCCGCAUCGAACUCACAAUCAUCAGGAUCAGAGUUCCAAUCUAACUCCCAGUCGUCAGUAUUACAGUCGAGCUCACAGUCGAUCUCACAGUCAAGCUCACAGCCGAACACACAGUCGAGCUCACAGGACCAGGUUUCCGGCUUAGAAAAAACAUUAGAUGAACAAAAGAGGAACUCCUUAGGGGUAAGACUGCUACCUAAACCGUUGGAUCGCGAUGCCAAUUCCACUUCAGAUUUGGAGUCUACGUUAUUGCAACUGCAUGCCGAAUUGAACUCACUGCGCUCGGAAAACGGACAACUUCCUAAUCAGUUGAAUCCCGAAUAUAAGUCAGUUGUACAGUCCAAUAUAUUGGAAGCGCUGUCCCAAUUGUACUCACAGACGUCGACCUCACAAUCAGCAGGAUCACAGUCCCAAUCUAACUCCCAGUCGUCAGUAUCACAGUCGAGCUCACAGUCGAAGUCACAGUCAAGCUCACAGACAUCAGGAUCCCAGUCCCAGUCAUCUGGAUCGCAAUCCCAAUUACAGUCCAUAUCGAGCUCACAGUCAGGAUUACAGUCCGCGCCUAACUCGCAGUCGGCAGGAUUACAGGCCCGUUUACAGUUUAAAUUGAACACACAGCCAUCAAGUUCACAGCCUCAACUACUACCCAAAAUCGUUAAUUCGGAUCAACGAUUUCAGUUCAAAUUGAACCCACAGCCUCAACUACUACCCCAAAUCUUUAAAUCGGACCAGGGAUCACAAUCUUCGGGAUCACAGUCCCAGUCAAGCUCAAGCUCUCAAAUUAAUGCCAAAAUUCAGGGUCAAUUAAAGACACAAUUAUUAGGAACACAGUCCGCCACGCCAUCACUGAUUAAGCUGCAGCCACCUCAAACACAGAUCCCAUCCAAUCCCAAUCGCAUGAUAGCCGGUCAAUUCCCUGCGAAAAUCUUUGUUCCAACACCAGCAGGCCCUACAAUCAAUAAAAAAUUAAAAAGUAUGAAACCCAUCGUUUUUACUCCUGAGUACAAAAUAGGUAGUCCUCCGCUCCCCUCCUCCCACCUCUUACCGAGUGGUAUUUUGGUGGACUCCAACCUGACUACAUCACCUCAAGUACAGACCCAACUCCCUGUGAAAAUGGUUGUUCCAACCUUAGCACGGCCCAGAAUCAUACAAGAUUUAAAAAAUAUCAAACCCAUCGUUUUUACUCCUGAGUACAAAAUAGAAAGUCCUCCAAGCUACCUCUCACUGAAUGAUAUUUUGGUUGACUCCAAGCUGGACACGAAUAACCUGAUUGAGAAGUAUGGCUACCCGUCGGAGACACACUUCACGGACACCGACGAUGGCUACCACCUCUGCUUGCAUCGUAUUCCGCGUCCUAAUGGACCACCAAUUUUAUUGGUCCACGGACUGAUGUCCAGUUCGGCCUCGUGGGUGGAAUUGGGACCAAAGAACGGUCUGGCUUACAUUCUUUACAGAAAGGGUUAUGAUGUCUGGAUGCUGAACACCCGAGGUAACAAAUACUCUCGGCAGAGCAAUCGACGUCAGAAGCCGCGCAAGUACUGGGACUUCUCCUUUCACGAGAUCGGUAAAUACGAUUUACCAGCAGCUAUCGAUCUCAUCCUAAACCAUACACAUAAGCCGAAAAUCCAAUACAUUGGACACUCGCAGGGCUCCACGGUUUUCUUUGUGAUGUGCAGCGAAAGACCAAAUUAUGCCCAUAAGGUGCAGCUCAUGCAGGCUCUUUCACCGACAGUUUAUCUGCGGGAAAACCGCAGUCCAGUGCUCAAGUUCCUCAGCAUGUUCAAAGGAAAGUAUGCGAUGUUACUUAACCUACUAGGCGGCUACGAGAUCUCUACAAAAACCAAGCUUAUCGAACAGUUCAAGCAGCACAUUUGCUCCGGCUCAGAGCUGGCUAGUCGUAUUUGCGCCAUCUUUGACUUUGUGGUCUGCGGAUUUGACUGGAAGAGCUUCAAUAAGACGCUAACCCCCAUUGUGGCUGCCCACGCCUCCCAAGGUGCCUCCGCCAAGCAACUCUAUCACUACGCACAGCUGCAUAAUUUCAAGGACUUCCACCAUUUCGACCAUGGGGAGAUUCUGAAUCGCGUUCGCUACCAGUCCCCCAAACCACCAGUUUAUAAUAUUUCCCAGGCACUGAGCAACGUGGUGAUUCACCAUGGACCAGGCGAUUGGCUGGGUUCCGAUUCCGAUGUGAUCCGCCUGCAGGAGCGUCUGCCUAAUCUCGUCGAGAGCCGAAGGGUUCCCUAUGACGGCUUCUCUCACUAUGACUUUACGCUUUCGUCAGAUGUCCGUCCGCUUGUCUACAGUCACGUCCUUCGACACUUGGCGAAUAUCCACCAGGGAUAAACGUAUUACUGGGUUUAUAAGCUAAAGGA